GUCGUAACCUUUUUUGUGUUCAUCUGUAUAUGUUAUUCAGCGCGCAUCGAACAGUGAGUGCCUGUCCAAACUCAUCCAUUCAGCAGCAUACAAAUGAAAUAAAAACCGAAAACACAUUUGUAUUGACGGGAAUCUUUUCUUCGGUGUUUUAUUACACAUUAGUGCUGCAGCAGCUCAGUUUGAUGGCAAAAUUAGCGCUGUGUAUGUCACCGAAAGUCGAGUGAAUUUGUGCUAGUGAGACGAGCAGGGCGAAAAAUUCUGCUAGUUUUCGAAAAUAAUUAAUUUUGAUGUCUACACGUCGUCGAAUUGCGUUGUAUUAGCCUGUAGUGAUUAAUAUUCUGAUUCUCGAAUAGUGCCAGACAAGAUGGAUUCUUCGGUAAUCGUGCUGGAUUCUUCAGACGAAGAGUCCAGAGAACCAAAACGUCGUAAACUAGUUCCACAAACGCCGCCUGGACUAAAUGGAGGUUCCUAUGUAGCCAACAAGACUCCCACAUCGAAUGCAAUAAAACGUAUUAAGCCGAUAACCAUUGCAACCAACUUAAGCAAGGAAGCGGAAAAUAACAAUCGUACUCCAGUCAACGAAAAUUUUGCUGUCAUUAGUUUCUCUGACCAGUGGGAAAAGGAUCACCAAAAGUAUCAGCAAAUUAUUAAAGAACACGAACAGCAUAGACAAAGAGUACAGGCCAAGAAAAAAUCACCGCUUUCUGCUCUUGCGGAGGAGGAAGUCAACGAUAGAAAGACCGCGACUCCUGGAAGUAGCAGUACCGCUGAUUCACACUCUACCAGUAGAUCUUCCGAAAAGAAAGAAAAACGUAGUAAUGUGGAAAAAAAUCCCAUAGGAAAGGAAUUUGCUGAGUUGUUGGAUGCUUGUAGAAAAGCAGACCCAUCAAAGGAAAUGGAACUGUUGGUUCAAAAAAAGUUGAUAAAGUACUAUGAAUGCGUUCACCCAGACUAUAUUAAUUCCAAAAGUUUCAAGAAAACACUGGCGGCUGUCACACAGGAUGUUAAUGAACAACCUGAGUUGGUUUAUUUAAAGUUGGCCAGCAUCGUAGAAGAGUUAAACAUUCGCAGGAAGUCCAGAAAUUCGGUAAUGACUAACGAAAAUAUCACCACCACUGGGAGCGAAAAAAAAGACAAUCAAAUCAGAAGGCUUAAUCGUGCUCUUUACAUACUGAAGAAGCGUAUUGCCAAACUAGAAGAGAUGGAAGUAGACUUUGACGAGGGUAUAAAUUCUUCAUACAUGAUGGAGGAACGUUACAAAAAGCGUGCAUUUGAAAUUUACGAAAAGAUCUGUGAUAUAACCGGAGAAAGCAAGCACGCACAUCGAAUCACGCGCAAGCCCAUCAAGUUCGAUGGAACACAUUACCAGGAGUUCAACCGAACAAUUCAGACGUUCGUCAACAGAACGAACACAUUUCCGGAUUUUUUCGACGUGCUUAAAUGUUUGCAGCACUGUAACACCCAGUACGGAUACAGAAUGCGGCGAGAGGAGAUGACCAAGAUAGCCCAGGAUGCAUUCAUUAAAAUCGGUCGGCUGUUGCAGAAGCGGCGCAAGACCGACCUGUAUGAAAUGGUAUCAUACUACAGCGGAACGGAUAAAGACCCGGCCGUUGUGGAUAAGAAAUUGCACGAAAAGCUAGAGGAGAACAAGAAACACUACGGCAAAAUUGGAGACAUUAUUGACAAAUUCGCAAGGGUGCAGGAUAACGAUACGGACGAUGAAGGAGAAGUUAGCCAUAAUUCAAAGCCAUCCAGUAGCAAGACAGCGACGGUUGUCAGUAGUAAAGACACGACAGAUGAAUCCAAAGAACCCAACGUUUCAGCAACAUCUACGGCGACGAGUCUGCUCGAUAAGUCUUCGGAUGAUCCCAUUGUCGACAAAUCUAAUUCUGCAGCUGUUGUAGCACCAGAAAAUAAGAAAGAAGCCAGUAGUUCCAAUAGUAGAGCCGACGCUGAAGAAAACAUCACAGGGAAAGACGAUACAGCUAAGGCGGCUGAGGCGGAAGCUGUCGAUGAGGAAGUUGUCGAUGACGAUGAUGAUGAUGACGACGAGGAAGACGAAAUGCUGAUCAAGGAGAAUGUGAAACCCGAUACGUUCGACGAUAUUGAUAUAUCGGACGACGAGGAACUGAUCGUGCCGUUGUCUUAGCAUAUUUCGCUGGCCAGCAGUUAUUAGUCAGAGGAGUUAUUGUAAAUAUGCGUCCAGAAUCUGGACAAACACAAGUCGCUUUACAAAGUAAGAUAUUUAUAAGAUUAUGUAUAUACCAAAAUUUCUCGAAAAUCGUUUGGAUAAAAUUUUAGCGCAGCUAUAAGCUAUAGGAAUAUUGAUUUCUUCACGUGCUUUUUGCUCGGAACAUUCACAGCUAGGAUUAGACUCUUUAUCGUAGAAUUACGAUCUCGAAUCAAUUAAAAAUUCUCGAUACAUCUAGCAAGGCUAAUUUUAUGUCAUCGUGUUUGCAUUGUUUUAUGUUGGUGAAGAAAAGAUAGUUUGGAAUCUAAGGCUCUGUGUCAAUACCCGAAUUAAACUCAAAAUUCAGAAAAAUA